CUGGACUGGGCCGCCUUCGGGGUCAUGACCCUUCCCUCCAUCGGCAUCCCCCUGCUGCUGUGGUACUCCAGCAAGAGGAAGUACGACACGCCCAAAGCCAAGAAGAACUGAGCCGGGCUUCCACAGCCGCCCUUCCCGAGAAAUCCAGCAGUCAGAGCCUCUGGGCCCCAGGAAGGAUGAAAAGGACAUGGAGACAACGGGAAGCUGCAAAUGGAGUAGCCCUCCACCAGCUCACAUCCCUCUUGCAGGGGCUGCAGCUCGGAUGCCCCAGGACUGGCCAGACUGGCCCGUGCGUGCCUCCCAUGAACAGAGACAUUCCAGAGGUGUUCCUCACAGGUGGAGACCUGGUGCCCCAGGGAUACGCUCCUCGCCGCUGCCUAUCUGUGGUGGAGACUGGAUCGCAGCCGGAGGAAGAAGAGGAGGGGGGGAUAAGGACAGAGGGAGAUGGCUCCUACGCUGUGCCCCUCCGAAGGUCCAGGGCUUUCCGCACCCAUAACCAUACCUACGACCCAUUCAAAAGACAUAGCUGGGGGCCAGGUAGGGAGCUCCAGGAUCCACUGAGCAGGAGCAAACGGCAGGCAUCAGGAUGCGUGGGCCCCCAAGAGGCCCUAUUACUGCAGAGCCAAGAGGAACUGGACACUUUUCUGGAAUUGCAGCACCAAGGCGGCCAACCCUCCCAUGUGGACCAUUCAGACUUUCUGUUUCUUCUAGAUUCAGUGUUGGGCCAAGGUUCCUGUUGUCCAUCUGCUGGCCCUUUGGACCACUCAGCUACUGGCAUGCUUUCCAAGUCUGUCUCCAUGAGUGGCAUCAAUUGCUUCUUUGGCUGCUCAGAUCCAGCUGGGAAUUUAUCCCAGGCCUCUGCUGCUGACCUCAGCCAAAGCUGUAGCCAACUGGAAGGGGGCUCAGGUACCUGGGCAGGCUCCUCCCUGCGACGGACCUUCAGCUUCCUCUUGGGCAUGACUGGAAAGGCCAAGGAAUUCGUGCGCCUGCCUCACUGAUUCCCCUCCUCCUAC